AUGCCAACAAAAUGUAAGCAGAGAGAACGCAUUCUCGCAUCAGGCGGCUCUGAUGUGCCCUCGCUGCCUCUUGGAGCUGUGCGCGGCAUAUUGUGUUUCCGGUGUUUUGAACCUUCUGAAAACAUAUUGAAGUGCGCAGGAUGUAGACGCGCAGGAUACUGUUCGAAAGAGUGUCAGAAACUAGACUGGACAGCAGUACACAAGAAGCAAUGCAAGAUAUUGCAACGCAUCAAUGAGGAAGAUCUGAAGGACUACUGCGAGUCGCGAAAAUGGGCGGACUAUAGUCGCUGUCUGAUUAAAUAUGGACACCUUGUUCAAGAAUUGACGGAACUGAGAGAGACGGUCUUCAUCAUCCAAGCUCAGCCAUAUUGCUCUAAAUGCUUUCGCAGUGGUAACCAACUGAUGAGCAAAGGCAUUGCCCUGAAAGCAUGCAUUGACUGCCAUCUUUUGCAUCAUUGCUCCGAAUGUUUCAGCCCCCAUUCGAAGACUGUAUGCGCCAGCUUCCAGACCCAGAACAAGAUCGAGCAGUUUCGACAUCGAUAUUUCGAAGAUACCGGAAAAGCUUCUGUUAUAGCCUGUACCGCCACGCCACGUUCAGCCUUCAAACCUUUGGCACAGUGCGAUGGGUGGUAUGACUACUUCGUCAACGUUUCGGAUAAAGCCUUUAUCAAAGGCCAUAUAGAGCCUGACUUUAGCGGCAUCACACCUUCGGCUGUCAAACAAGGCGCAGAUAAACAGGAAUUUGAAGAGAGUAGACGCAUGUUCCUUUUACUAGGAACAGAUACUCUGACCAUGCCGCUCACCGUAGCUGCGGCGCUCGAAGACCUACAAUUGGUAGCUACGCCUGUCCUGAAGGUCCAUUUAUUAGGCGCAACUGGACGUGAAUUUCUGGCAAUGUCUGCCUUUGAGGAACUUUUUCACCUCAUUCCAAGUCUCAAUAUCUUGGACAUCGCCGCAGUUGGACCAUCUUCGCAGCUGUUUGGUCAAGGCCCCGAAGGUUACGCGCCAAAGGUCGACCUCCCAUGCUGCGAAGCAUGCCAAUCACAAGGGCGAAAGCGGCCUCUCUCUGCGUACAAAGGUCUUUACCACGUCUUCGCAAAAUCGUCCUUCUACGAAAAGCCAGAUUUGAUCGUAGCCUUCAACAGCGGCUGUGUCGAUGGUGACGAUGCAGAUUCGGACUGGGACAAAACAAUUCGACUCGUUGUCGAAAGCAAUGUCCCUGCGCUCUUUACCACAUAUAAUCCGCGAGAAUCGAGGCAUGAGCAAGUGAAGAUGAAAAGCCUUGGUGCAAAAUUCAUCGUAAAGCCAGAGAUGAACAAAUGGAGGAGUUUGGUGCCGAUGCCUGAGUUCUUGGACGCAGAGCAUGAGAUGUGGUCGAACAGCUACAAUAGGUAUAUAGUAAAGGGUAAGCAAAAGUAGGAAAAGAGACUCGCGUCACAUGUGUUCAUUGGAUCACCUAGAAUAGUC